AUGUCGGCUGCCAUCGCCGCUCUAGCAGCUUCCUAUGGCUCGGGCUCGGGCUCUGAGUCUGACUCCGACAAUGAGACUGGCCGCUGUUCUUUACCUGCUGCUGACUCUCUUAUCCACCUGACAAAAGCGCCUUCGGCCAAGCUCUCUCUGGUGGGAACCGUGGACGCGGCACCCGAGGUGGCGGUUAAGGAAGAUGUAGAGACUGGAGUACACCUGGACCCAGCCAUUAAGGAAGUCCAAUACAAUCCUUCUUAUGAUACCAUGUUUGCUCCUGAGUUUGGACCAGAAAAUCCCUUUAGGACUCAGCAGAUGGCUGCCCCUAGGAAUAUGCUUUCUGGAUAUGCUGAACCAACUCAUAUCAAUGAUUUCAUGUUUGAACAGCAGAGACGAACUUUUGCAACCUAUGGGUAUGCACUGGACCCCUCAUUAGAUAAUCAUCAAGUGUCAACUAAAUAUAUUGGGUCUGUAGAAGAAGCUGAGAAAAAUCAAGGUUUAACUGUGUUUGAAACUGGACAAAGGAAAACAGAAAAGAGAAAAAAGUUCAAAGAAAAUGAUGCAUCAAAUAUUGAUGGUUUCUUAGGACCUUGGGCAAAAUAUGUAGAUGAAAAAGAAGUAGCUAAACCUUCAGAAGAAGAACAGAAAGAAUUAGAUGAAAUCACAGCCAAGAGGCAAAAGAAAGGCAAACAUGAGGAUGACAAACCUGGGGAAGAAAAGACCAUUUUACAUGUCAAAGAAAUGUAUGACUAUCAAGGCAGGUCUUACCUUCAUGUUCCUCAAGAUGUUGGUGUUAAUCUGCGUUCUACGGUACCACCUGAGAAAUGUUAUCUUCCCAAAAAGCAGAUCCACGUUUGGUCUGGACAUACAAAGGGUGUCAGUGCCGUCAGGCUGUUUCCUCUUUCUGGACAUUUGUUGCUCUCUUGUUCUAUGGACUGCAAAAUUAAGCUAUGGGAAGUUUAUGGAGAUCGUCGCUGCUUAAGAACAUUUGUUGGUCACAGUAAAGCUGUUAGAGAUAUCUGCUUUAAUGGUGUAGGAACUCAGUUCCUCAGUGCAGCGUAUGACAGGUAUCUUAAGCUCUGGGACACUGAGACAGGUCAGUGUAUAUCAAGAUUUACAAACCGGAAAGUUCCUUAUUGUGUCAAAUUUAAUCCUGAUGAAGAUAAACAGAAUCUCUUUGUGGCUGGUAUGUCAGAUAAGAAGAUUGUACAAUGGGACAUCAGAAGUGGGGAGAUUGUGCAAGAAUAUGAUAGGCAUUUGGGAGCUGUCAACACUAUCGUAUUUGUGGAUGAAAACAGACGAUUUGUAAGCACCUCUGAUGACAAGAGCCUACGAGUUUGGGAAUGGGACAUUCCUGUAGAUUUCAAGUACAUAGCAGAACCCAGCAUGCAUUCAAUGCCUGCAGUGACUUUGUCUCCAAAUGGGAAGUGGCUGGCAUGUCAGUCCAUGGACAAUCAGAUUUUAAUUUUUGGAGCGCAGAACCGAUUUAGAUUAAACAAGAAAAAAAUAUUUAAAGGGCAUAUGGUGGCAGGAUAUGCUUGUCAGGUGGACUUUUCCCCAGACAUGAGCUACGUGAUAUCAGGAGAUGGAAAUGGAAAAUUAAAUAUUUGGGACUGGAAGACCACAAAACUCUAUAGUCGAUUUAAAGCUCAUGAUAAAGUAUGCAUUGGUGCUGUGUGGCACCCACAUGAAACAUCUAAGGUUAUAACUUGUGGCUGGGAUGGUCUUAUUAAAUUAUGGGAUUAACUUUUUUAUUUGAUAACAUAUUUAACUGUAUUUGAUUAUUAAAUGUGUUGGGUGACAGUUUCUGUUUCACAGAUAUAUGCUCUUUACACAGACUUCUGACUCAGUACAAAUAUAGAAUUCAUUUUGUAACUUUGAUUUAUGUAAUUUCAUUCUGGUCUUUAAGAUGUCACUGAAAUAAGUAAUGCCUGUUGUCAUCCCUUUCUUUCCAGUUACCAAGGCUUACUAUCAAUUAUCAAUUGUGAAAACUUUUUGAUUCAUAUGUUUUAUAGCUAUCUCCUUACUGUUCAUGGAAUCCAUCUGGUCUUCCUCCCUGGAUUUUGUGAUUCCUGACAGUUGAAGUAAUACAUGAACAUCUAAUUCUGAGGGACCAAACACAUGGGUCUCCAACAAAGCAAAAAAUAAAGACCUCAGUGAUGAUUUCAUUGUAUAUAAAGCUAAAGGAAGAACAAGCUGUUAGAUGAACGGCUUUUCUUUUCUACGUAUCCAGUUCCAGUAUAAGUCACCUUGUGAGCUCUAUUAUUUCUCCAUGGGAUCCUCUUUUUGAAUCUCUUCAGUUGUAAGUCAUCACUUUGGCUUAAAUAACAUGAACAGUCACAAAGUAAGGAAUCAACCAAAGUCUUUCUUGACUUUCCCAAUGCAAGCAGAUCAAUUCCCUUUAAUCAUAAAGUUAAAUUAUUUCUGAACAUUAACUCGUGUGGAGGGGAAAUUGGGUCUGCAUUAUUGUGUCACAAAAGUUUACAAAUAUGUAAUUAUACUUUCAGGAACAUAACUCCUGAUUGACACAAAUCAUUUGAGAACUUAUGACAGUCUUUUGAAGCACUUUAAUUUUGACAAGCCAUCUCCUUUUUUUAUUUUCUAUGAAACUAGUUUUUGAUGUUUCAAAGGUGUAUUGUAACCUGAUAUAAAUAGAAAGGGUACCAUGUUGAAAAAGACUAGUUAGAUUGCCUAGUCAAGUGGAUGGCUACCUAGGAUGCUGAGCUGAAGACCAAGGGAAAGCUAAGGGUCACCAACCCUGUAUGCAUUAAGUACUGUCUACUUAGAAUAUUUAAUAUUAAGCACAUGUAUGCUAUUGUUACAAAACUUGUAGAAAUGUGUGAUCUUUGCCCUCAUGGAAAUUUCAUUUUUAAAGAACAUGGCACCUCUGGGCCAACAACCACACAUAAAGUUGUUUUUGUUUCUCCUGUGCUAAAAGCAAAAUUUAGAAGAGAAGAAAAGAAAUAGCAUAAAGGGGAGAGAUUCUUUGUUGGGUAUUGCUCACUCAAAGAAAUAAAAGUCUAUCUGAACUACAGAUAGUCUCCAUCUGCCAGGCAGAGGUGGUUGGUCUAAUUUCCCAAGUGGGAAGUAUGCAGGCAAAUUCUUACCCUGAACUUUAGUCUGAAUGUUAGCUAUUAACAAAUGUGAAUUAUUGAUUUGUGAUGAGACAAACAGCUAAUCAUAGGCUUAAAACUACAUCUUGUUCAGUACCAGAAUUGUGUGUACUACAAAUUGUAUUUUCUAAAACCUAGAUAGUUAUUGUAUAGUGUUUUUUGACUGUUUCUAGACUAAAUAAUUGUACAUAAAAGUUCUCUUUUUAAAGAGCCUAUUUUUAAAUAUAACUUUUUACAGAAAAAUUACCAUAGUGUUGUAUUUAUCUUUAUUUUCCUUUCAGUUGAACAAGACUGAACUUGGUAACCCCAGCUGCAGUGUGAAUCCACACUGUGGACAAUAUUUAAAUAAUUAUUUUAUUUUUACCCCGAGACUGAUGCUUUAAGAGAGGCAUGUGUUUGGUUAUAUUAAUUGGCUAGCUCAACAACAAAAAUCAUAGAGGAAUGCCUUAGAAAAAUGAAAUUUACCCUUUGAGUUCUGCGAAGACCAUGACAAGUCAUCAUCACGUCUUAUAAGAUGAGGAAGCUUGCUCUCUUAAUAUGAUAGACAGAUUUGAAUUGUUCUAAAUUGUCAUGUUACACUGCUGCUGCUAUAUUAAGUGUUAUUUUAUUAUAAAUGAAAGAUGAGGAGUGGAUGAAAUUUUAGCCCCAGUGGUUAGGAUUAUAAAGGGUGAUCACAGUUUCAACUGAAGGGUCAAGGAUCAAGUACAAAUAAAUUAUCUUUUAAUGCAGAUUGGGGUGGGGAGUAAGAUGGAGAGAAUUAUGUUUAUUGCUACGCCAAAAGGGAAAACAGUCUGCAAGUGAAAGAAUUUAAAUUACCCAGAGUAAGAAUGUGAAUUGUCUAAAAUACAUCCAAAAAUUUCAAAGGUUCUACUACAUACUGGGGGAAAAAAAAACUGAAAAAGAAGUAAUGAAUAAACCUUUUUAAACCAGACUUUAAGAAAUUUAAAAAAAAAAAAAAAAGAUUUAUAGGUCCAGGAAUUAAUUCCUGUUUAGUUUUUCAAGACAUUUUUUAUCAUUAAUAAUUUAUUUCAUGAUUAAUUCAGAAGUAUAGUUUUAAAUUUUAACAUAUUAUAAUAGUGCCUUACCCACAACAAUCUCAUGAGGUAAAUAAUGCAAGUAUUAAAAUUCUCCUUUUAACUAAUAUUCACAGAAUGCAAAUGUCAUAUGUAGACACGUCUUUAAUGUAAGCUAACCCCUCAACACAAGUCAAGACAUUCCAGUAUACCACAUUGUCUUUGUAUAAUAUAUCCCAUACAUAAAAAUUUUUAAACUGCUUCUCUAGGUAAGGAAAAGGAAAGACCUUAAUUGUUAGACUGCUUCUUCCCAUUAUUUCAAAACUCAUUAUUUUGCCAGCUAUUGGUAAAAGUGAAAAUCAUAGAAAACUAUAAAAUUGAUCAUAGCCAAAAUAUUAUGAGUGCCAUCAAGGCAUAGUUUUUAAUGUUCAGUUUUACUGCAAAGCAAAGCCAAGAUGGCAGAGUCAUAGCAGGAAGUAAUAGAGUGAGUUUGCCAAACAAAUCUAGAAAAUGGACUAGACCAAAUCCUGAUAGGGAAAUCCAAGAAAAAGUCAGAGUGAGUUAUUUUUCCUGCCCAAGUCUGCAUAGGAAGACAGAAAUCUGUAGACAGUGCAGGGCCUGAGGGCCAGGAGGGGUCCCAAGGAGAGCAUUCUGCCACCCAAUAAAAGUACUCUGCUUCCCAGGGAGAGGCUAUGUAUGUACCAAACCCAGAUUAGGGUAACAGAGGAUAAAGGAACAAGUGCCAAAUGGCAGCUUUGUUGUUCACUGCCUUGUUCUAGGUUAUAAUUCCAGGGUGGAUUGCUGGUGAGAACCUGUAGCCUGAAUGGAUAUUCAGGGGUAGAAAAAAGCUGCCAAGCCCCAGUCUGAGAGGAAUAAGUUCAGGCAGCAAACAACAGAGGUGUAACUCCAACCUCAAAAGCAAAGUUGGUUCUCAGUUCCACCUUCCACCCCAAUCUGAAGCCUGCAGAGAAGUAAUAAGCAAGGCAGAAAGUCCAGCCGAAAAGGAAAUCCGUAGUUCUGUGCCUCAGAACCAGAGAUUUCCAGCUGACUGAUAGUGACUGAAUCCAGAAACAUCUGCUGCUGUUCAGACCUAAAUCCAGGUCAGGAAUCUGCAAAGCUCCAACUAGGUGAGCAGCAGCAAUAAGACUGCCUUGGAGCAGACCACUUUGGAAGCUCUGGAAGUUUACAGGAAAACCUAUGCUAGAAAUCUUAGAAUGAUAACAUGUAAUAACUCCAGGAAAGCAGGAGUAGUCCAGACCUUCCCUCCAAAGGUGUGUAGAACCUAGCCCUAAAAGAAGGAGGCUGGAAAAAUGAGAAGAAGAAAAAAACCACCAUAAAAGACUAUUAUGAUGAUCAGGGUGAGAGAAGGGAAUAAGCAUCAUUAAGUUCCUAUCAUGUACCAGGUACAGUUCAAAGUGCUUCUCAUUUGGUCAGGAAUUCUCAAGUCAUGAUAAGAGUAAUUCUGAAACAUAUAACUGACCCCUCAAAGACAGCUCGAGCACAAAUUCAACUACAGUUUCUGGAAAAGAUUAAAAUCAAAAGCAAGAACUUAAUGUUUUUAUCAGUGAAAUGAGAAUGUUAGAAAAAAUAGAAAAUAAAUGAGAGAUAUGGAAUAAAGAAUUAAAAAGGAACUAAGAAGUUGGUACAACAUGUAUAAAACCUUACCCAAGGAACAAAAUCUUUGAAAAUUAGAAUGGACCAAAUAAAGCAGUGAAUGACUCAGUGAGACAAUAAGAAAUAUGAAAACAAAGUCAAAAGAUUGGGGGGGGAGGGGAGUAAAUAAGAUAUAGCAAAAGCACCUGACCUGGAAACAAGGAAAAAUAUAAGAAAUAUUGGACUUCCUUUCAAGAAUUCUUAAAACUGCCUGAAUGUCUUAGAACUAGAGAAUAAAUUGAAAAAAAUUGAGAACCCAUUGGUCACCUGAAAAGGACCCCAAAAUGGAAAAAAAAAAAAAUGAAAAAAAAAGCAUAUUAUAACCAAGAUCCAGAUCUUUCAAAUCAAAGAAGCAACUUUGAAAUACUUGAAACAACCAGAAAGAACGCAAGUAGUUACAGUUAAGAUCACAUACAAUUGAGCAUUCACCACUGAAGGAGUGGAGAGAUUAGAAUACUGUUAUUCUAAAAGGCAAAGGAUAUAGGCUUAUAGUCAAUUAUUCAGCAAAACCAAGUAAAAUAGAUUUUGUGUGAAAUAGAGCAGCGGUGUCACACAUGUAACUUGAACCAGAUUAAAAUUUAAUUAGGAAAUCUUUAAAUAUAAACAUAUAAACAUAAAUUAUAAAUAUAAACUAGAUCUAACAUCUCACAUUCUAUACUGAAAGUCAAAAUGGGUACAUGAUUUAGAUAUAAUGGGUGAUAUAAGCAAAUUAGGGAAAUAUGGAUUAUUUUACCUGUCAAAUGUAUGGAAAAGGGAAGAAUUUAUGACCAAAUGAGAUGGAGGAUAUUACAGGAUAUAAAUUGGAUGAUUUUGAUUAUAUCAGAUUAAAGUCUUAAAAACCAAUGCAAUCAGAUUGGAAGGAAACUGGGGAGAAAAUUUUACAGCAAGUUUCUGAUAAAUGAUAUA